CUUAAGAACCAAUAUAAAAUUAACAGAGUAUGGAAAGGUCUUUUAACUUUCCUGGUGCUUCCUCCCUAUCUUGUUUUAGAGCUGGGAAAUGUUUUUCUUUUUUGGAAAGGGAAAAGCUUUGGGAAGAGGCCUUUAGCCCAAGUUUUUAUGUGACAAUUACAAAUAGGAACCCAUAGUUACUUAAUUUUUAGAUGACAAUAACUCAGCUGUGGAAGCCUUCCUCUGCUAUUCCCAUUCUCUUUUACAAAUCUAGCUUUGUUUUUUUUUGAUCUUACUCCUUUGUAACUAUAUUUUUGAUAUUUUGAUUAGUGGUGCCAUAAGAGAUUUCUUUGUACAUAUAUGCUUUAUAAUAAAUUUACAUUUGUUGACCUAUCUUUCCAGAAGCCUAUGGAAACUAGUACAACUCUUCUGAACUUAUUUGGUUUCUCAUCAGAAUCCUUUGGGGCAACUAGAGAACUGGAGUCAUCAACUGAAGUAGAACUAGAAGACUGACAGAAAAGGCAUAACGGAAGUGAGGAACUCAGAAGAUAGGGUAGCAGUUUAAGAGAUGGUGAUUCCGAAGGAAUUGGGAGCACCUUCAGCCCCAGAGAUGUCACAGAUUGCUUCGUAUAAACUCAGUUUCAUCACCUUACCUAUUUUUCAACUUUGCCUUUUCUCCUCAAGAAUGUGAGUGCUCGGUGCUUUGUGUCCACCUAGAGGGGUGGGAUAGGGAGGGUGGGAAGGAGACGCAAGAGGGAGGAGAUAUGGGGAUAUAUGUAUGCAUAUAGCUGAUUCACUUUGUUAUACAGCAGAAACUAACACACCAUUGUAAAGCAAUUAUACUCCAAUACAAAUGUUAAAAAAAAACCAAAACCUAAAACUCCAACAGAAGGUGAAACUAAUUAACCAGAAAUGAAUCAAAUAGAGAAUUUGAUAAUGAGAAAGCAGUGGUAAAGUUGUUCUAGUUAGCAUAAGUUUUGUUUUAAUAAUAAUAAUCACCAUCAUCUAAAAUAAAAUCUUUGGAAACUGUGGUUGUAGAACAGAGGUUAAAAUUGACGUUUCUUCAGGUUAUUUCCAUCAUUAUCUCAGAGUUUCAUCUUGUUUCACGGUCUUCCUUUUUUUCCUUAUUUUCCUAACCAUUGUCCUUCCCUUUGAAAGCCAUGUGCCGAGAUAAUCUAUCCAAGAUCAUAUUUGCUUAGUUCCUUCAAAGACCCUUUCCUCUCUCUGGUAUUAGUCAUUCAAUUUCCUGAUUUUACCCUUAAUUUUGAUUCAUGAACUGCACCUUCUCAGCAAUCUUGGCUUCAUACUAACUGAAUCGUGGCUGUCUUCUAUGAUACUGUUUUCUACUGAAAUCUUGAUUCUUUACAUAGGGAGACAUACAUUUUCUAAGUGUUAACUUCUGAUUUCCUUCAUCUGUUUAAAGAAUAAUAUUAGAACAUUGAAUAAACUACUUUGAAUGCUUGCUUAAUAUAUUCGUCAUUUUAUAUAUAAAAACAUAAAUGAUAAUUGCUAAGACAGCCUUAUACAAUUAAUUUGAAGUUACUUACACAUUUUUUAAAAAUCUAACGUUGGAUUAAGGUUUUGCAUGUGUUCAAGUUUGGAAAGACUUGAACUUAACUCCAUUAGAUGAUGUCUCCUUUUGUGAAUCCAAUUCCACUAUUCUAUAUACAUUCUUCAGGAAUUUCCUCUCUUUUUUCUAGAGAUCUGUUCAUCCAGGUCUCCUCUUCACUGCUUUAAAAAAAAAAAACUGAUAAAAAAUGGCAGAUAUGCACACUUGCUGCUGUUGACACUUUGCUCUGUAUCUCAUUCUAAUUUCCUGCCACCAACUCCCAGACUGAUCUAUAUCUUGGCAAUUCCCUGUGACAAUCUGUUCACAGUACCAUCUACUGUUUUAAAGAUAAAGUCAUUAUUGUUACAUCCUGAAUAACAGUAACAAAUGACCUUUACACACCUACUAAAACAAAGACUUGAUGAUUAUUGAUACAUUUUUCAAUCAGGACUAGAGCAAACGACCCUGAUGCAUGUUAUAAAAAUAGUAAAAUUAGGGCUUCCCUGGUGGCGCAGUGGUUGAGAGUCUGCCUGCCGAUGCAGGGGACACGGGUUCCUGCUCCGGUCCGGGAAGAUCCCACAUGCCGCGGAGCGGCUGGGCCCGUGAGCCAUGGCCGCUGAGCCUGCGCGUCCGGAGCCUGUGCUCCGCAACGGGAGAGGCCACAACAGUGAGAGGCCCGCGUACCGCAAAAAAAAAAAAAAAAAAAAUAGUAAAAUUAAUUCAAAGGUUUGAAGAUUUUUCCCUUUCCCCUUCUUCCCUUCCUAUUCCAGAGAUACUUCAGCUUUACUGCUAGACUGGCUGCUUUGUUAAUGUCAUCAAAUAAGGCAAAGAGCAGACAUAUGCACAUUGUUGUUUAACAUACCACCUGAAUCAGGAAUACAGUAGUCCAGAAUAUUUUGAAACAUAUUUCAGGGCUUUUUCCAGCCGAUCACCUCACCCAAACAAUAAUCCAUUCCUCCCAUUUCUGAGUGCCUGGGAGCAGUUGCCUUUUCAGAUUUGGAGGGGACUUGGGUAGCAUAAGAUAAAUUAGAUUCUUAGUUUUUUAUAUUUGGCUUCUUUUUCCCUCUUGUCAGUAUUCCACUUAAGCUGUUUUGUAUUGUGCACCUUUCUUCCCUUCUCACCAAAGGGCUGACCUCAGGAGGCAGAAAAGAGCAGGCUUUGUUGUAGCUAAUUAGAGAGGGUAGAUACCUGGGACACUGGCUGGCUACCAGCAUCACAGUAACUCUUGAAGAUCUUUGCAUUUAACAAACAUUUGCCAAACAUUUUAUUAUGUACAGGGCUCUGUACUAAGUUCACUGUUUUUUUGUUGUUGUAGGUUAUUUUUGUUUGUUUUUCGUUUGUUUUUUCUUUCUUGAGAAUAUGUCUAACAGCUUGAGGUCUUUACAUUAGUAAAUCAUAUAACUUUAGUGAAUCAUAAUCAUAAAUCCUAGAAAACUAUGUACUAGGCCAGUUUAAGCCUGAUAUUUGAUAUUUAAUAUGGGAGCUAAUUUCUUUGUUUCCUUUCUUACAAGAUUAUGUAUAUAUAUAAUAUAUAAAUAUAUAUUUAUAUAUUAUAUAUAUAUAUUUACAGUACACACACACACACACACACACACACACACACACACACACCCUCUAUAUCUGCUUACAGUGCUCAUUCCCAGUGUGUUAACCUUCAGUCUUAAUUUACAAAGCAAACAUCUCAAAUCAUCAAUAAUAAAAUGUGCUGGUGUUCAGUAAUAAUGUAUAAAUUUCAUUUUUUUCUUUUUCUAUAUAAAAAGAAAAUAAAAUUCAAUUAUGCUUAAAAAAAAAAACAAAAAAAGAAUGUGAGUGCUGUAGUUUAUACUUAGCAAAAAACUCACCAGGACUAUUAAUGCAGCCCUAUCUUUCUGUGCCUUUGUUUUCUAUGCACUUAGGACAAUGGCCGGAUAGAUUUAUCAGUAUUGAAGUCAUUACUUUUGGAAAUGUAUUACUAAAACAAAUUACCAUAAGAAAUUAAAUUCAUUUAAGGAACACUUGAAUAUUUCAAUUAAGAAUUGAGACAUUUCUUGCAAAAUCAGUGUAGUGUAGUAGAAAAAAACAUAGAUUUCAGAAUUAGGAGACUUGGGUUCAUGUUGUGAUUCUGCCACUUAGUAGUUUGGGCGAUCAAAUAACUUUUUGGAGCCUCCAUUUCUUACUUGUAAAGGUGGGAUUAUAUUACUACCUACUUCAUAGGAUUGUUGUGAGAUUAAAUGAAAUAACAUGUCAAAGCACCCAGCAGAAGUGUUGGCACUGAAUAAAAACUCAAUAAAUGUUAAAUCUGAGUAGCCAAAAAAAAGAAAAAAUUGUCGUAGAACCUAAGUUUGCAUGGGUUAGAGCCUGAAAGCAAGAGCCAAAAGGUACUCUUCAAAAAAGUGAGAAUAUUCUAAUUUUUUUUUUUUUUCUUUUUCUAUGUGCCUGGGAGGAAAUUGCUUUGGCUUGUUUCCUGGCUCAGGCUUCUAGUGGGGGGUGGGUAAAGAAUAUAGUCCUACUGUGGUGCAGAAAUACAUAAUCACACACAGCAACUUGGUUUGGAGUUUGUGUUGUUGGGGUGACAUUUAUUAGGAAAGACAAUAAGGAAUGGUCUCUCGUUGCUCGAUCACAAUUACUGAACUCAAAAUGUAUCUCUGCUCACAGCCUGCUGCUUGUCUUUGACUCCUCAGGGGGUGGAGCAAAUGAUUUCCUUCCUGGAUGGGGCAGUCUAUGGUCAGUGUACAAGAGUUGCUGUAGCAACCCCGCAGCUGUGCUCUGCCUAGCAGAAACUCGGGAUCAGAAAAUUAGUAAAUGCAAACCAUGGAUGAAAGUUAUAAGAUUGCUUCCACAGAAAGGAUCCAGGUGUUGGAAAAAGAACUGGCUGUACAAUUGACAGAACUGAAGUCUGAGACAGAAGAACAGGGGACUCUUCAGGGGUCAACUCAUCGAGCUUACAGGUGGCUGAGUCAAAACCCCUUGUUAUUCAAGCAGAUGUCAUGCAGAGGGAGCUAGAGAGCUGCCUAAGGAGAGAGUACACUCCUGAAAAUUUACCUUUGCUUCUGUUGCAGAAACAAGUUGCCUACAUUAUGCAGGAGUACAAUGUUGCCCUUCAGAGAGCUGAUAGAUUGUCUGUUGCAGGAGAAAACUUCUUUAUGGGAAAAAACAAUCCUCCUAACUUAGUGGCACAGGAAGACCUGACUGUUUACACAAAUUAGUUAUUGUGUCACCUACCCUCACUCAAGACUAUUCACCACUACCUGCAGGCCCUCCAGUAUUUGCCCAUCUCCAAAGUGCUGAGUGUAGCUGUUGAUGAAGUCCCCAAUGUUGGUCAGGAAAAUGAAAAGGUCCCUGUCAAUGACAUUGACCCUAACAUCCAGGGUUCUGUAUCUCCAGGCUCUAUGAAUACCAGCGUUUCAGGGCCAACAAGAACAGAAGCUGCUUUCUUUCUGCCCCAACACACAACAGAAACAGAAGAACUGAAACCUCAGCUGAGGCUCCUGCUCUCCCAUUUCAGUAUCCCAUAUGACAUGGAAGAGCUAAGGGAUGCUUCUAAGGAGAUAGAACUUUUUUCCUUGGUUUCCCCACAAUUUCAAAGCCUCUUCAUGGAGCAACAGAGAAUGCAAACAUUUCCAGAUUAUGAUGCUGAGAUAGCUAAAGUGGAGAAUUUGGGUUUGGUAGGACCUGGUAUGGCCUUGAAAAAGAGAGCCAACUGGAUUUCCUUUAUAAAGAUUAAGCCAAAAUGUGAUCCUUGGCAAAAGAAGCUUUUGACCAAACUAAAAGAACAGAGAACAGAUGUAUUAAUGCAACUCCAAAAAAAGUUUUUGAAGAUUUCCAACCCUGAGAGAGUAAUGCAAGUGCUCCAAGAUCAUGCUGCAAAAACAGUCUCGCUGGCUUCGUCUCAUCCAACAUUUGUGGCUUCCCAGGGUUUGCAUCAGGGCAACUAUGACCAAAUCUGGGAGACUAUUUAUAGCAACAUCAACCUCUACCAGAAUGAAAACAUGAAGGAAGAUGAUCUUUCAGUGGAACGAGAUGAAAAUGACCCAGCACAAAUAAGUCUUAGCCAGUGUGCUAAUGAGCCUGUCAAGCAGAAGAAAGAGACAGGGUACAGUUAUGCAGUGGCCCUACAACUGCUGGGCUUGGAUGACGGGACUGGGCCCAUUGAUAGAGAUCCUGUCCUGAUGAGGGGGACCUACUUGUCCUUUCUGUAUCUGCGCCACCUGAGGAUCAGGGAGCUGCAGCGCAUCUGCUUAGGAAUUCUGAACUGUUUUAGAUCUGUUGAGCGAACACUGACGAUCAACACUUCAGGCCUUACCUUGGUUGCAGGGAGUCCGGUCCCCACCUCAGAAGAUAGUUUCUGGGUAAAUGUGGCAAAAGGAGGCGUGGGCACCUCGCAAGGCCUAAGCGCUCACCACUAUGCCCAUGGGACAUCUGCCGAGCACAAGGUCACAAAGAGGGCAGCGAGUCAAAUGUUGACCAGGACUGGGGAUGGGCCCAUGCAGGUAUGGACAGAUUUGCUGUGCUGUAUGACAUGUGGACUUGGGAAGCAACUCUUCUAGAAAACAAGCGCCAGGUAUUUUUACCUAGAAAACAAAACAUCUAUUGAACAUUCUUAUAAACCCCAAUAUACUUUUUUAAACCCAGUGGGUCUUUUAGAGCAGUUCCCAAUAAAAUGAAUAAUUAUUUAAAUAACCUUAGCUAGUUGUAAGGAUGUAAGUAAUAAAUUUUACGUUCUUUACUGUGGUUCUUUGUUACAAAAAAUAAAAUGUGAAGGAUAUGACUUUAUCAUAAGGGAAAUUUGUUAGAGGGCUGUAUAAUUCAGGCCCUUUUAUAAUAUGUAUGCUUUUAUCGAGAAUGAAUGAUGAUUCCAUUCAUGUUCAUUGUCCUGUCAGGAACAAGCCUCACUUUGCGAAACACAGACAUACUGACUGACCUUAUUAUGGCCUUUAGAAGGGUAUGCCACAUGUGGGUGGGUGAGAGCAGUUGGGCAAGGAUUUCCAGAAUGGAAAUAAUAGGAUUUGAAGACUGGAUGUUGGAGUGAGAGAAUGAGGGUGGAAUUAAAAUGACUUCCUCGGGCUCAGGGAGGAGGCUGUUAACUGAAACAGAAUGAAAGAGGAGGAGCCUCUUUAGAGGGGAAGGUAGCAUUGAGUCUAGGACACAGGUGUGUGAGGAGAGUUUGCUAAAAUCCAGGUGUGAAUGUUUUGCGGGAGCUGUAGGUUUGAAGCACAGGAGCAGGUAUGAGCUGAAGUAUGAAUGUGGAAGUUGAACCAUAGUAAUGAAUCGAAAUGACUAGGAAAAGCCAGAGAUGCCUGAAAUGGGUUCCUGGGAACACUUACAUUUAACGGGAAGGUCAUGGAACAAGAAUCCAUGAGAGGAACAAGAAGGAGGAGCCAAAGAGACUGAAGAAAAAAAGAAAGGGAUAGUGUUAGGAAAGCCCACAGGAAAAAAACAUUUUAAUUAGGAGAGGAUGGUUUCCUGUGUGGACGUGAAACAUCAAGAAAGGUGAGUCCUAAAAACCAGACAGUGGGGUCAGCCAUCAGGCAGUCAUUGCCAGCUUUGUAGGACUCUCUCAAAAGCGUAGCAGAGAUGGAAGCCAGUUACAGUGCAUUGUGAUGUGGUCGGAGGAUGAGGAAGUAGAAAUGUUUUCUUUGAAUUGUUUUUCUAGUAGAGUAGAGGGUUUACCAUUUCAUCUACGCUCUGGUCUGUUACUCAUGGAGAUGUAGGUCACCCACUUUUGAAAACAACUGGCUGGACUUAAAGGGUGCAAGCCUUGCCCUUGAAAAUUGUUCCUCUUUUCAAAGACAACUGGCUUCUAGAGUUUGCAUCUGCAAACUUGAUCUGCCAAACAGAACCUUACUGUGAUCAGCUGAGUAAAUGGGAGAUUUAGACUCAGUGUAGAAACUGGAGAGGCUGCAUUAAACGUAAAGUAAUACAGAAUCCUCAAACUCGACAAGUUUAUUGGGCCAGACAUGAGUUUUAAGCAGCCCCCCUUUUCUGUACUCUCCCCACCUCCACUUUCAGUUCCUCUAGGCCUUUUAUGGAGGCCCCAGGCAGGACUCAAUGGCAGAGAAGAAUAGAAAGGCAGAGAGUAAUAAAAAACAAAUUUCUUCUUACUUUGGCCUAGGGUUCAUUCUGUGCUAAGCUACCAGGGCUGUCCACUGGUUUCUUCUGUGGUAUGUGAAAUUAUUUUAACUUAAAACAAUCAUUGAAAAUAUCUCCCUCCUUUCUACCCCAAGAAUGUGUUCCCUAUAGAAACUGAGCUAUCAGUGCCCCCAAACUGGAAAAUGUGGCUUUCUAAAUCAGAAAUUGUUGAAAGGGCCUAAUUUUAAUGGAUAAACCAGAUUUUUAUCUAAAGUACAACUGUUUUCCCCCAUUACUGAUUCUACUGCCAAGUGUCCUCAGCUGUUUUUUAUUGUUAACUAUAUUGGAAUCACUAAAGUCAAGAACUGUUCAAACACAUUGGCUUGUCUUAAAUCCUUAAAGUAGCCAUAUUAUGUAAAAAGCUCAUAAAAAUAGAGCUGGUGUGAAUUUAGGUGGAUUAAGAGACUCAGAAGCUGGGCAUCAGCUGUGCCAGUUCCUGACAUUUAUACCAACUGCUAAUUCUCUCCACAGCCACCAGAGGACACAUUUUCAGGGUAAUUUGAAUUAGUGUUUAGAGCACUAAAAAAAGGCCAAAAAUUCUGUGACAAGAUGUGUCUGACACUGAUUUUCUGUUUUGCACUUUCAUUUGACCUAAAAUAUUGUUUUUAAAAGUAUUUUAAGUCCAAGAAAUAAAAGAAGGCUGAGGUAAAAAAUAUAAACACAGUACGGUUUGAGAUUAUUCACUUUUCUAUUUUCUCCAAUAUUUGAUGCCUACCGUCAGUGUGCACCACGUAUUACUUUGCCUGAGAGUUGGCCCUUGACAUACACAGGUGACAUUUGACAGGCUAGGAAGACUUCUUAGACAAAUACCAGCCCAGAGUUUAAAUGGAAAUGGGCCAGUUAGCAAACAUAAUAAAUAGCAACUGUGAGGCAGAAAGAUCACAGUCCUACCCCUACUGAGAAAGAAUUCAUAAUAAAAUUAUGCAAAGGACCAUCUGAGAGCUUUUCAAGGUGGAGGGCAAAGCUUGAAAAAGGCUUGUCAAUUUAAAAAGAGCCACAUUUUCCUUCUCAACGGCUAGGGUUGCCAGGUAAAAUAUGACAAUAUUGGGGACAUACUGAAAAAGUAUUGGUUGGUUAUCAGCAAUUCAAAUUUAACUAGAUGACCUGUAUUUUUAUUUGUUAAAUCUGGUAAUCCUACCAACAACAAAGUGAUAGUGGCAAUUUAGCACCAGCCUCUGCAACCUGGUAUCACCAGAUUGGAAUCACCAGCAAGAACCCUUACCACAAACUUCCCCUGCCAAAUAACCAAACAAUAGGGCUUAUUGUACAAAAACAGGUCAAGGCAAUACAAAUACUAUAAACCAGCUCCUGGGAUUGCCCUGGCCCAGCCAAAAAGGUUUAAAUUCCUCCAGAAUGAUUUAGGGAAGUUAUUGUUUCUUUUCUAAUCUUCCCCUAGGCUAUUGAGUGGCACCCUUCUUACCCCAUCACUCCUUCGUUUCUGCUUUGUCUUCUGCUAUUUAAUAACUGAAUGCUAUUCUAGAGUAGAGCCCUGUGGAUGGGAUAAGGUCAUUUAGAUCACCCUGCUUGCUUCAUUUUCCCUGGGGUUCACUUAAAGGCAAGGGAGCUGCACCUUCAUUUCACACUCUGAGCUGUGUGAGUUUUUAACCUGUGGAGCACAUUCUGUGUCCUAAGCUUUUAGCCUCUUCUGGUGUUAUCCUUUUUAUACUGAGGUUGACCCAAGGCCCCUUGAACCAGUGUUUCCCAAAGGGCAUCCUGCAAAACUGGAUGCUAAAUAAAGUGCCCCAGGCUCUCCCUGCUUGAGCCUUAGCAUUGAAGCCCUCAGACACUGGACUUCUAUUACUAAGGCAGUAUUUGAUUCCUAGUCUGCUAUUGAUUCUCAAGUGUUUACCUCCUUGGGAGCUUCAGGAGUUGUUAUUGCAAGAUGGAGACACUCCUGGCUUUUUCUGCCACUUGGUUCCUUUACUCCCCGCUGCACUGUUGCCACCUAUAUUCAAGUAGUGCUUACACCCUCUCAAUUCUUUCUGGUCUUGCAUUCUUAGCUAUGGGCUCCACACAAUGAAAGGGGCUCUUUAUCUCCUUUUAGGAAAUUCCGUAGUUUGUUAAGAAGUGGGCUGGCUUCCUGGCCUCAAACUACCAGGAAGACCAACACCCAAGGAAACAAAAAAUGCUCUUUCUCUAAUGCAUCUCAGCGUGUGCUAGGCUGUCGGGUGGGUAGAAAUUGCAGGCUCAACAAUCCACUCCUUGCUGUCAAUUAAAUGCACACACUGGGCACACCUGUGUCUUUGGUGAUACAGCUACCUUAAGAGCUGAGGCCUUUCAGAAGCGUGAAACCUGCAUUAGAGGAGUGGGUCAGAGAAGACUGGGGAGGGACAUGUUGAGCUGAAACUCUUGGGGGGAAGUUGGAUUAGAUCGGCAGAGGAAAGGGAUCUGUUCUGUUGUGAGACCAUUGGGAGUAAAAGUUCAGAAGCUUUCAGUUAGAGUUGAUUUAUCCAUCAGGUAAUAUAGACGUGGUGUUUAGGAUCUAAGAGCUUUUCAGGGACCAUUGAAAAUAUGUGAGAUCUGAGAGGAAAAAAAAACAUGCAUUACUCGGAAAUCCAAAAAGAAAAUACAAAACAGUUAUCAAUAAAUGCUCAACUGACAUGUCCAUAAAAUGUUAAAACUUUAACUGAGCACUUGUAAACAUCUCAUUACAUUUGAAAACAAUUUAUAGGUCAGAUUUUCUCACUUCAUAAGAAUUCUCAAGUACAUACUACCCAGAAAUCAUAGCCAAUCAUUAAUGAAAUGUAUUGCUCAUAGCCAAAUAAUUUGAAAAUUAUAAAUAUCAUUUAACAUUUUUACAGAAAACAAUUGAUUGGGAUGUGUUUUAAUGUAUUUGAUAUAAUGUGGGUCAGGGUCUCCAAAAGUAAGUGAGUCUAAGGCCUGUGAAAGUUUUUUUUUUUUUUAACAUCUUUUUUGGAGUAUAAUUGCUUUACAAUGGUGUGUUAGUUUCUGCUUUAUAACAAAGUGAAUCAGUUAUACAUAUACAUAUGUUCCCAUAUCUCUUCCCUCUUGCGUCUCCCUCCCUCCCACCCUCCCUCCUAUGAAAGUUUUAAAACAACCCUAAGAAAGUAAUUACAUUGUUCAGAACUACUAACAUAUUGGCCCUUAGGUCCCUGUUUGGGAUUCCAGCCCAGUGAUCUCUGAAGAGCUUUUUCUGAUUAGCACCAUGACUGAUUACACACAAAUAGAAUUUACACAGAGAACAGAAAUUCCUUAAGUGCAUAAACAAAUGUAAAAACAAAAUAAAAAGCAUCUCUUUCUGAAUUCCCACACUAAGAACCCUCUUCAAUGGUUAGUGCAUGGAAGCUUCCUUCGGCUUUUAGAAAAGACUUGUGAACUCCACUAAAACAGAAGCUCCCCCGAUGCUCUUGAGAGUUCUGUACAUAGGCCUUUCCUAGUGAAGUCUAAUCUGGGAUAAAUGCCUUUAUAGCUAGAGGGCACUUUCAUCCUCGGCUUGCCACUCUAACCCCCUCCCCCACCAUUUCUACAUAGGUGAAACUUCGGCAAACUGUUAAAGCGAAAGGGUCAUAAAUGGGACUGAGGAUGUAGAAGAGGGGUGGAGGCCACCUGCUCACCUUUGGUGAUAGAGUAAAAUGGGGGAGGGAGAGUGGGUCUGUGGAAAAAGGUGUUGGAGAUAAAUGGAUUUGAUGAAGUGACAUUGAAUGCACUGUCUCAUUGGAGCUUAUAAUUAUUAGAUGUUAUAUUAUUCAUUAUAUUACCCCCCUUUAUUUGUGGAGAGCAGAGGAAGAGGGGUGAAACGAGUGCUUUGUCCCUCACCCUCCCUAGCUUGGUCUGUGUUGCACUGGUGCGGCAGCUGCCCACCCUGGCCUGGUACCCAGAGGUUCAGAGCUGUCCCUUUCCUGUUGAUGGUGGGGGUCUUUCCAAAGCAUGGAAUGGGUGGAGGCUCACCUCUCUCUGCUGGGCCCUGUUCCCUGACUGUCAACCUUAUUUGAAACUUCUUGGCAAUUACUCUGAAGCCUAGCAGCGUGUGUUGGACCCAGAGGAGAGGUUUGCCUUAGCACAAGUGAUCACUGACGGCAUACACAGGUGCCCAAGGUUUGAUCUCAGCUACCCUUACUUCAUUAAGACCUACCGAGAGGAAUGCACCUGCCGGAGGCUUCACCUGCAGCUGGUGAGGGGCAUCCUUACGUGAGUAUAUUUGGGUUUUAGAAGAUUCCAUGUGAGAAGAGGAUGAAAAACACAGGCCAGAACUGAAAAUCGUGUUUUCCUUUCAGUCCCAGUCCAGAAUCUGGGUUUUCUAGGGCAGCACGUACACGAUGUUUAUUUGUAAGCUUAUUUGCAUUGUUGAAUUCCAAGCAUGACUACAAUCUUAAAGGGAGGUUUCCAAUCCUAAUUGCAUUUAACGAUACCAAAGAAUUGACCACCUGUUUUCAUUCAGUCACAGAGUUUAUAGUGAAAGAAGGAUGAAACCUACCCCCUUGUAAGACAUUAAAGUGUAAAACUAUAUUUAUUUUUUAAAAGGUUGCAAUUAUUUCUAGGACACUACAGGAAAUGAUCACAGUCUGUGUCCUCUGGGGAAAGGCUAGGAGAUAACGAUUGUUGCAGUACAGUUACCUUAGGCCUGCUUAGAAUUUUUUCAUUGUAGUCAAUUAUUUGACAGAAAGAAGUUUUCUUGUGCCUCUUAAGAUCGCCUGAAGCUGGUUGCCUUUGCUUUCCCUGGCUGACCCUCGGCUCAGACUAAAGACAAGCAUGUCUCUGUAUAGAGUGUCAGUGGGAGUAUGUCCAGAGGCUUUGGCGUGAAGGCCAUCCAGAUGCUAGCAAUACAUUUGGACUUCCCCUUAACAUAAUUUGCAAAUAACUCAUUUCCAUCAACAAUAGCUGCCCAGCUUUGACAAACAUUUACCUGCUGGAGUUUCACCCUUCCCUGGGCCUGGCUUUGAGCAUCCCCAGAGCCCUUGAGCACCUCCUCAGGGAGGCCUGCCACACCUGCAGGCCCACAUCAGCCAGUGCCCUCACCUUGCUAGGGAGACACAUGCUGCAGCUGGCCCUGGAUGUGUGGCUCACUCCAGCCAAGCCCAAGUCCUGGUACGGCGCACAGCUCCAGAAAGACCUGUUUUCAGCUAAAGUGAUGGGCGAUCCCUUCCUCGUGGGGGAGAUAGGCCUGCUUGCAUUCAAGUCUGCAGCAGACGUAGGACAGAACCAAGGCCAAGAUUCUCAUAUGCUGCUCCUACAGACAUUUUCCAAACUUUUGGAACUCUUGACCCUCUGGCAUAGGCUGAUAGAGGUGAGUCUGGGGAGUGUACACUUAGCACGGUCAGUAGGGGGACUGAGGAUCCAGAUGGAGGAUAACAGACUACGGGUCCCCCUACAUGCAAGCCUUGCCCCAUCUGUGCCCCAAGAGUACCCAGAGUGAGCUUUCUAAAUGGCUGAAAUGAUGACCUCCCUUUCUCCCUCCCUCCAUUGUUUAUCCUCUCACUCAGGCCUCCCCACAUGCCUCUCUGACCACUCAGCUAGGCUGGGUUCUCCUCUGAGCACCCGGGCUUCCUCUUCAUUCAGCCAUUGCCUUUUAAUUAGAUGCUUAAUAUUGGUUUGUUGGUUUUCCUGCUAGUGUAAGCUCCCUAGUAUCCUAUCAGGGGUAUGAAGGCUGACCCUCACUGGGCACUCAGUGAAUACUGAUUGUAUUUGCUCUCAAAUAUAAUGAAGUUGAAUAGCAGAGCAGAAGCAAUGGAGGGCCUAAAGAAAGGAAAGAAUGAGUCAGUGACAGCAUCCAGGUCUGGCAGAGGUAUGGAAGGUUCAGCAGGCAGGGGGAGAGAACACUUAGUGAGUUAGGUUUUAGGUAUGAGCGUGAGAUGAUGGUAAGGCAUUUAAGUGAACAUGUUCCCCAAACUGGAAAAAUAUGGAACUUGAAGAUUUGUUGCAAACGUGUAUGAGUUCUGUUGUGUUCUGUCCCCAUGAGAGGCCCUGAAGGCGCAAAGAGUCCAAUCAUCAACCAUCAACCACUGUCUAGGGCCUAGUGUGGCCAGGGUCUGUACUGGGGACUUUACAUGUAUUAGUUCAUGUACUCCUCAGAAUAUUCUUUUGAUAUGAUAGCUUUAUGAUGUCCUUAUGAUAUAUUAUGAUAUGAUAGCUUACAAACAUGUUACCAGCAGGAAGGUAGAGGCUCAGAAAAAUUAAGUAAUUUGCCUAAGAUCAAAUAACUAGAAAGUAGUAGAAGCAGAAUUCAAACCAUGAGCCCAGAUAUUAUUAACUGCUAUGAUACUACCUCCUCAUAAUUUCUGAUCCUUGUUCUCAGGGAGUUCACAAUGUAAAAGUUCCCCCUAAUAAAGUUUAGUAUGAUAUUUUAGUCAUAUGAACAAAAUACUAUGGGAGCACAGGAAAUAGUGUAUUUCAUUCUUUCUAAGUGAAUCAGAGAAAGUUCCAUAGAAAAGGGCCUAGGGAUGAUUGUGUAACUCCAAAAUUCAUAUGUUCAAGCUCUAACCCCUAGUACCCCAGAAUGUACCGUUAUUUGGAGAUAGGAUCUUUACAGAGGUAGUCAAGUUAAAAUGAAGUUAUCAGAGUAAGCUCUUAUCUAAUAUAACUGGUGUCCUUAUAAGAAGAGGUAGUUUGGACACAGACAUACCCAGAAGGAAUACUGUGUGAAACCACAAGGACAAGAUAGUCAUCUAUUAGCCGAGAAAGGCCUAGAACAGCUCCUUCACUCAAAACCCUCAGAAGGAACCAACCCUGCAACACUGAUCUUGGACUUCUGUCCUCCAGAACUGAGACAAAUUUCUGUUGUUAAAGCCCCCCAGUUUAUGGUACUGUUUCACAGCAGCCUAGCAAACUAAUACAGGUGCCAUUUGAACGCAGCCUUAAUGUACCAAAUUCUCAAGAUGAAGACGUGUGUUAGAAUGGGGGUAAGAGAGGAAGGGAAGGCAUUCUAGACACAGAAGCCUGAAAUGCCAGAGCAACAUCUGAAUGGAUCCUGGCUGCAAGCCAUGGACACGUGAGAGUAGAGCUCAGAGUUGAAGCAGGACAGAGAUGGGGGUCACAGGUUCUUACACAAGGGGGUGAUGGUUAGGGCCUGGAGUUGGAUGACAGACUCCCUAAGGAGGGCAUGGAGAAGGUGAGAAGAGGAUUAGGUUUAGAACACCAGGAAACAGGUGUUGAAAAUAAAGAGGAGAAGCCGGAAUGUAGCGGCAGCAAUGGUGGCGGGACGGGGGCAGCAGUGCUUGGCUGCUCAGCCAGUGCCCUGGCAUGGGGUGGGUGCAGCUCUUUGUGGUCCGCCAGAGCCACAACCGUGUCAUCAACAGCCCGGGGGAACGUCUAGCAGGGGCUGUGCACAUGCGACUGGUGCCACUGCCCUUCCAAGCCAUCCGGGUGACCCGCAUGGGGUCCUGCAGUGUCUCCAACAAGGUCAGUGACAUGGCAUGGGUGGUAGAGGAGGGCUACUUCAACAACCAAAAAGAGGAGAAGCCAGUGAAGACUGAGAGAGAGUAGUCAAGAGACAGAAGCAUGGAGAUCCUGGAUCCAGGAGAACAAAAAUGUUCAUCAAGGAGGAGACAGGCCAACCAUGAGGAGCUCUGAGAAAAAAUGGUGAACCUCCUAUUGAGGGCAAUAUUGGUGACCUCAGGAGGGCUCUGAAGAUAGAAGCCAACUUGUAGGAAAUGAGAGUUGAGGAAGUGCCCAAGCAUAUCUCCUCCCACCUUAACUACUGUCUUUAACUGUCAGAGCUUAGGGCAGACUCAAAACCCUUGUGACUCAUUCACUUCACACCGGACUUGGCUUACUUUUGUUUUGACUUUUGCUUUUGUGCUUAUUCAGAUGGUUUGGUUUUCUUACCACUUACUUUCCUUUUAGGGGAAAAUAAUAGCAAAUGUUCUUGGCUUUUUUUUUUUUCCCUUUUAGUCUUAUAAGGACUUGGCAUGUGAGAUGGGUUUUGAAGCGUUCCAUUUGUAUCUGAGGCCUGUUCACUUUGAAUUUGCAUCACACGAAGAAAAGGUGGUCCAUCCACCUCCUGUUUUUAUGAUCUGUCUGCUGGAGGACAGUGACCACAUAGAUAGGUGAGCCUAGAGAGGGUCAAAGUAAAAAUAAUGUAACAGUAGAAUGAGUGGCCAGUAAAAACUAAUUUCUAUCACCGCUGGCCAUGCAAAUGCAAUUGCAUUCUAAAUUCUCUCCCUUAUAAUCUGCCAUGAUGUCAAUGUUUUUCUUUUCCUUUCUUUCUUUUUUUUUAUUUUUUAUACAACAGGUUUUUAUUAGUUAUCUGUUUUAUACAUAUUAGUUUAUAUAUGUCAAACCCAAUCUCCCAAUUCAUCCCACCACCACCACCACCCCUGCCACUUUUCCCCCUUGGUGUCCAUACAUUUGUUUUCUACAUCUGUGUCUCUAUUUCUGCCCUGCAAACUGGUUCAUCUGUACCAUUUUUCUAGGUUCCACAUAUAUGCGUUAAUAUACGAUAUUUGUUUUUCUCUGACUUACUUCACUCUGUAUGAGAGUCUCUAGAUCCACCCAUGUCUCUACAAAUGACUCAAUUUUGUUCCUUUUUAUGGCUGAGUAAUAUUCCUUUGUAUAUAUGUACCACAUCUUCUUUAUCCAUUCAUCUGUCGAUGGGCAUUUAGAUUGCUUCCAUGA